AUGGACCAGCCAAAAAAGAUUCGCUCAAGGGCAGGAGAUGGCCUCGCAGCCGUUACCAAGACUCCAUUUCAACCAAAGUCACUUGAAAACUCAGCAGCACUCUCCCACGCCCUUGAGGUUUAUCAAAGGUAUGUCAAAAAGAAGAAACGCCUAAGCGCCCAGAAGAUUCUAUGUGUCUUAGACAUGCGUCUUAGACAUGACCUUGCUGUACUGGAGCUGUCAUUAAACUCUGAGCCGUCCCUAACCCGCGAAUAUCGUCUUACAGUAGGAAUACCAUGGAGGUCAAGUUUAUCACUAGACCCGUACGCUGGGUUAGGGUUAUUCGCUCUCAUGCGAAUGAAAGAUAUACAUCGAUACGCUGAAGACCACAAAACUGCUCGUAUCUGUUGGAACAUUAGUUCAGAAACCGAGCUCCCACUCACCACUUUUGCCAUUCUGAGGGUAUGGGCACUUAUGAAGAGUACUUUGGGGGUAGCACUAUCUCUUCUUAGUGGAGAGAGGUGGGAAAUGGUACCAAUUGAGAGUAUGCUAGCAAAUCAGAGACAAUUUCAUAGGAAAUAUGAAUAUGGUCUCAACAGCAGAUGA